UAAAAUUAUUUUAGGGUUCUUGGCCAGGAGCUAUGAUUCUCUCUUACGCGGCCGCUGUUGGCCGAUUCCAUCCGCAAGUAGCGAGGAGCUCCAGCGGCGCUGCCGGGAUUGCGCAAGCUCUUCGCGUGGCGCCGGCAUUCAUCACCAGGUUGGCUCCUCCGGCAUUGGCUUGGAGGAUUUCGUUUGUGACUAGAGCAAACGCUGGUGGGCGAGAAGGGCCUUCGUCGUCUCAGGAGGAAGAGAGCGAUGAUCCGGAUGACAAUGAGGAGCCUUUCAAGCGCCCGAGGGCCUCCAAGUGGAUGAUUGUCGGGCUGGGAAAUCCGGGCUCCAAAUUUGUGGGAACUCGUCACAAUGUUGGUUUUGAGGCGAUCGAUCUCUUGGCUCUUCAGGAAAACAUCAAGCUCAACACGAUACAAUGCAAAGCGCUCGUUGGAAAAGGCAUGAUCGAAGGUGUGCCAGUUUUGCUCGUUAAACCACAGACAUACAUGAACUUAAGUGGCGAUGCGGUUUCGCCUCUUGCUUUGUACUACAGAGUCAAGCCCGACAACAUACUAGUGAUUCACGACGAUAUGAACUUGGACGUAGCAGCAAUGAAAAUGGUUCCCAAGGGUGGUCCGGGUGGUCACAACGGCAUGAGGAACAUCAUCGAGAGAUUCAAGGACAACAAGAACAUCCCUCGGUUGCGCAUCGGGAUUGGACGGCCCCCGGGUGCCAUGGAUCCAAAAGCCUACGUGCUACAAAAAUUCACGCAGCGCGAGAAAGUUGAGAUUGAUGUUUGCUACGAGCGUGGUGCCGACGCAGUUCGUCUUAUAAUGUCGGAUGGAUUCGUGGCGGCUGUGAGCAAGUGGCGUUCUCCAAAACGCAGCCGCGAUCCAACCGCGAGCCCGGCAGCCACUGCGCAACAACGAGCCAAAAAAGAAUGAAAGGGAGCUGUUAAAAUCGCGAAACGGUCACGCACGAGGGCGUCCGUACGGACGCGUACGAAACUGUACGGCUUGCGCACGGACGGCUCACAUUCGUGGUAUAUGCUCUCCGAACGGUCACUAAAGACCCCGUAGAACCCUAAUUUAUUGCAUUUUGCGGC